UUAACCUUUAGAGAGAAAACAAAAACACAAUUUUUUUGAAGAAGAUGAUGAAAAUGAUUAUGUGUGGAUUAGUUUUGGUAAUGGUGAUGAGCAAUGCAAUCAAGAGUGUCCAUGGAAUGACAUGCUCAGAAGCAUUGCAGCCAUUGAAGCCAUGCAUUGGGUACUUGACUGACUCUGAACCAUCAUCACCUUCGGAUUCUUGCUGUUCGGGUGUGGAGGAACUAAGCAACGAGGCUACCACCACAGAGAUUCGACAGCAGCUUUGCGGGUGUUUCAAGAAGGCCGUCGCAGCUUUCGGUAUUGAUCCUAAUAGAGCUAAGCAACUUCCUGGUUCAUGUGGUGUUCAGUCUCCUGUUCCUAUCGACCCUACUAUCGACUGCACCACGGUUGCUUGAUGAUUCUACAUUUUUCCUGCAAUAUAUAUUGAAGCUGGAAGCAUUAAUUAUUUUAUAAUAAAAAGUAUUAUGAUUGAAAAUAGUGUGCGAGUCUUCUUUGAUCUAUUUAUCGAGUUUGUGCAGGGAAUUCUUUUAUUCUUAUA